AUGCGCUCGGCAUCCUCCCACCUCGCCCGCGCCACCCGCCGCACCCCGACCACCUCGCUCCGCUCCUUCUCCGCCUCGUCCUCCACCUCAGCCCAGAUCACCCUCGAGGUCGAUGGCGUCCCCGUCACCGUCGAGCAGGGCACCGCCUUGAUCCAGGCCUGCGAAAAGGCUGGUGUCUCGGUCCCGCGAUUCUGCUACCACGACCGCCUCAACAUCGCCGGCAACUGCCGCAUGUGCCUCGUCGAGGUCUCGCCCGGUCCGCCCAAGCCUCAGGCCUCGUGCGCGCUCCCGGCCAUGCCCGGCCAAAAGGUCAAGACCAACACGCCGACGGUCCACAAGGCGCGCGAGGGCGUCAUGGAGUUCCUCCUCGCCAACCACCCGCUCGACUGCCCCAUCUGCGACCAGGGCGGCGAGUGCGACCUGCAGGACCAGUCGAUGCGCUACGGCUCGGACCGCACCCGCUUCCACGAGAUCACGGGCAAGCGCGCCACCGAGGACAAGAACUUUGGCCCGUUGAUCAAGACGUCGAUGAACCGCUGCAUCCACUGCACGCGCUGCGUCCGCUUCGCCAACGAGGUCGCCGGCGUCCAGGACCUCGGCACGUCCGGUCGCGGCAACGACAUGCAGAUCGGCACCUACAUCGAAAAGACGAUCAACUCGGAAAUGUCGGGCAACGUCAUCGACCUGUGCCCGGUUGGCGCCCUCACGUCCAAGCCGUACGCGUUCGAGGCGCGCCCCUGGGAGCUCAAGAAGACCGAGUCGGUCGACGUCAUGGACGCCCUCGGGUCCAACAUUCGCAUCGACUCGCGCGGCCAGGUCGUCAUGCGCAUCCAGCCGCGCCUCAACGACGACAUCAACGAGGAGUGGAUCUCGGACAAGACGCGGUACGCCUACGACGGCCUGCGCACCCAGCGCCUCAACACGCCCCUCGUGCGCGUCGGCGACCGCUUCCAGCCCGUCACGUGGCCCGAGGCGCUCCACGCCGUGCGCGACGGCCUCGCCGCGAGCGGCGCGACCGGCAACGAGAUCCAGGCCGUCGGCGGCGCCCUCGCCGACGCCGAGUCGCUCGUCGCCCUCAAGGACCUCGUCAACCGCCUCGGGUCCGACAACACGGUCGUCGAGGGCCCCGUCACGUCGUCGCGCGCGCCCGCUCACGGCGUCGACCACCGCGCGGCGUACACGUUCGGCUCGUCGAUCGCGGGCGUCGAGUACGCCGACCGCGUCCUCCUGAUCGGCACCAACCCGCGCCACGAGGCGGCCGUCCUCAACGCGCGCCUGCGCAAGACGUGGCUCCGCAACGAGACGGACCUCGCGCUCGUCGGCGAGGAGUUCGACUCGACGUUCGGCUACGACCACCUCGGGACCGACGUGGCCGCCGUGCGCGACGUGCUCAAUGGCAACAAGGGCGACUGGGCCAAGCAGCUCGACGGCGCAAAGCGGCCCAUGAUCAUCGUCGGCUCGCACGUCGCCGAGCACAAGGACGGCGCGAGCGUGUUUGCCGAGGUGGCCAAGUUUGUCGAGAAGCACAAGCACAAGUUUGUCACGGACGAGUGGGUCGGCUACAACGUCCUGCAGCGGGCCGCAUCUCGGACAGCCGCCUACGACGUCGGCUUUGUCCCGUCGGCCGCCGCGUCCAAGGCGUCGCCCAAAUUCGUCUACCUGCUCAACGCCGACGACUUUGCGCCGUCGUCGAUCCCGCGCGACGCGUUCGUCGUGUACCAGGGCCACCACGGCGACCUCGGCGCCCAGUACGCCGACGUCGUCCUGCCCGGGUGCGCCUACACCGAGAAGAGCACGACCUGGGUCAACACCGAGGGCCGCACCCAGCUCGGGCGCGCCGCCGUCCCUCCCCCUGGCGCCGCCCGCGAGGACUGGAAGAUCGUGCGCGCCCUGAGCGAGGUCGUCGGCGCGACGCUGCCGUACGACGACACGGGCGCGGUCCGCGACCGCCUGUGGGACGUGUGCCCCUCUCUCGUCCGGUACGGCGAGCUCGAGCGCCCUUCGUCGGUCCUCGCCGGCCUCACCGCGCUCCGGGCCUCGGCCGAGCGCACGGGCGCCAUCGACGGCGGCCUCGAGGGCCCGCUCAAGAAGCCGAUCGAGAGCUUUUACCGCACCGACGCCGUGUCGCGCAACUCGACCACGAUGGGCCACUGCGUGCAGGCGUUCGACAAGGGCGACAGCGCGGCGGGCAAGAACGUGUACGGCGACGACGGCCAGAGCCAGAAGGGCCACAACGAGGCGCGCGCAUAG